AUGGCGGACACGGCCUCGUCCUCAUCAGCAGUGGGACCCUCGGCGGUAGACGAGGCCUCUCUCGCCUCGGUGGCGGAGGCGGCGCCGCCGGAGGAGAUGACGCUGGUGGUGAAGUGGCGCGGGCAGGAGCAGACGGUGCGGAUGGUGGGGGACGAUACGCUGGGUGAGCUCAAACUGCGCAUCUGCGAGGUCACCGGGGUGCUCCCCAAGCGUCAGACGCUGCUCUACCCCAAGCUCAUACUCAAGGACAUCGACGACUCCACCCUCCUCUCCUCCAUCCCAUUCAAGCCCAACGGGAAGAUCAGCAUGAUCGGUACUAUUGAAGAAGAAAUAUUUGUCGGCCAAGAAGAUGAUCCAGAGUUACUUGAUGAUUUUGACUUUGAGCAGAAUGAAGCUACAGCCAUUAAGGAUAAAGAUGUCUACAAGCAAAAAUUAAAGCGGCGUGCAAGUCAAUAUAAGAUCAAGCUCUUGAAUCCAUGCCGCAAAGGAAAGAAGCUGCUUGUCCUUGACAUUGAUUAUACUCUGUUUGACCAUAAGUCAACAGCUGAGAAUCCUAUGGAACUCAUGCGCCCAUAUCUUCACCAGUUCCUCACAGCUGCAUAUUCAAAAUAUGACAUCAUGAUAUGGUCAGCAACUAGUAUGAAAUGGGUGGAGUUGAAAAUGGAACAACUUGGAGUUCUUAGCAACCCUGACUACAAAAUUACUGCUCUUAUGGAUCAUUUGGCUAUGAUAACUGUGCAAUCCGAAAAUCAAAGUAGAAAGAAAACUUUUGACUGCAAGCCUCUUGGUGUCAUUUGGGCUCAAUUCCCUGAGUACUACAACGAAAAGAACACCAUCAUGUUUGAUGAUCUAAGAAGGAAUUUCGUCAUGAAUCCACAGAACGGUCUCGUGAUCAAGCCAUUUAGGAAAGCGCACUCGAACAGGCAUGAUGAUCACGAGCUGGUGAAGCUUACACACUACCUGCUUUCGAUCGGAGACCUAGAAGAUCUCAGCAAGCUGGACCACGGUAAAUGGGAGUCCUUUGUAGAUGAGAGCGCAAAGAGACGCAAGCGCUCUUAG